AUGGUGCAGGCAACGUUACAGCCGGCAACGUGCAAGAAGGCAGCAAAGCUCGGCCACGACGUCCAUGGCCCGCGCGCCCCUGGCAGCGCCCACGGCAGCGCCCACAGCAGCGCCCACGGCAGCACCCACGACAGCGCCCACGGCAGCGCACACGGCUUGGCUGGCCAUGUCAGCCGCGCAGGGACCCUCCCGCGGGUCCAACCCGAAGCGCUCGACCGCUCGACGGCGCAAGUCGGCUGA